AUGGAUCACAUGAUCACCGAAACCUGUCAUCCGCGGUGUGACAACACGUAUGAUAAUACACGCCAUGUCUCUAACUCAACUGACGUUGCAGUGAUCAGCGCCGGCAUCAUAAACAUGUCAACGGGAACGCCAGACGGGGCAGCGAAGGGCGAGGGGGGCGACGCCUCCGAGUAUAUAAAGCUGAAGGUCGUGGGCCAGGACUCCAAUGAGAUCCACUUCCGCGUCAAGAUGACCACUCAGUUCGGCAAACUCAAGAAGUCCUACAGUGAACGGGUGGGCGUACAGGUGGGGUCUCUCCGGUUUCUGUUUGACGGCCGUCGCAUCAACGACACGGACACACCGAAGCUCCUGGAGAUGGAGAACGACGACGUGAUCGAGGUUUACCAGGAACAGAGUGGCGGUCAUGGUGGUCAGCACGUGGUGGCCCGAGCGUGA